AUGGCAGAUAAAACCACCGUCGACAACCCCGAGGUAGGAACACUAGAUACUUUUUUAUCGCAAAAUACGGCUGAAAAUACGGUAGAAAAGACGGGUCAAAACGAAAUAAACAGUACUAAACCUGGUAAAGCAAGCCCAGAAACGGACGAAAAUACUCUGUCUGUCUCGACAAACGACCCAUCCUCUCGUCCCAAAAGAUCAGUAAAACCCACCGAAAAGUCUAUCGAAAACAAAACAGGGUUCAGUCCGAUCAUUCAAAGCUUGACAAAUUGUGGUGAAACACGUCAACUGCUGUGGGCAAAUUGCAAGAAACACCCGAUUCGAUAAAUCAAAUAAAAUCCCAUACGUCAGAAGUACGUUCGCUAUUCCACGAGUACCACGCUGUUUCUUUGUCGCUCUUAGAGUUUCUCGCUAACCUCGGCGACCCCAAACACCAAAAAGAAUACGAAACAUUGCAGAAACUCGUAAAUAAUCGUAGCGAGUACAUUCAUACAGUAAUAAACGAAGCAAACAAGCGGAAAAAGAAACUUUUACUUGAAAUUAACUCUGUCCACCAUUCCCGAAUUUCCCGUAGUUCCCGCAGCUCCACAACGUCCUCCACCGCCGCUCGAGCUCUCGCAAGAGCUGAGGCUACAGCGGCACUAAAGAAGGUAGAAAUGCAAAAAUGGCGAUCAUUGCGAGAGUCCCAGUCUGCCAUGGAAAUACAACAACAAGAACUUGCCCUAGCCCAAAAGAAAAUGGAAGAGAAAUCCCGAAUGGAAAGUUUACUAUUAGAAGAAGAAGCAGCAGUCGCCAUUGCUAAAGCUCAGGCAAUAGAUAAAGAACUGAGCCUCGUAGAUCAUCAAGAUCCCGAACACUUUGACCUACCCCAAGACGAUCCUGUGGAAAGGGUCCAAAACUAUAUAAAUUCGCAACGCUUCGAAGAAUCUAGUCCCCCGGUUCCAAAUCACAUGUUACAAGACACGCUAUUGAUUCAGAUCAGUUUGCAUACAAGGAAGGUCCCAAUUCGAUUAUGGCUCUGAUCAAGUGCCAACACACAUGGUUAAGAUGGUUAGAAGGAGAUGCAAAAUAUGUCAGAGUAUUAUCUUUUGACUUUCGCAAAGCAUUCGAUAGCGUUCCACACGAUAUUUUAUGUGAGAAGCUUAAGAAGCUCCCCAUCAACCCAUAUGUUACUAAUUGGCUGAUUAGUUUUUUGGAGGAUAGGAAACAGAGGGUAGUGGUUGAUGGAAUAGAAACUGAAUACUUGAACAUUAAUCGAGGUGUUUCCCAAGGAACAGUUCUGGGUCCUAUCCUCUUUUCGAUCAUGGUGAAUGACAUCAAAACAGUUAACCCCAUGAACCAGUUAGUUAAGUUCGCGGAUGACAUGACAUUAGAAGUACCAGGGAAUGAAAACGGAGAUACAUCCCAAGCCGAAGUGGACAGUAUACCAACAUGGUCUGAAAAUAAUCGAAUGUCCUUAAAUAUGGAAAAGACGUAUGAAAUGAUUGUUAGGAGAAAUAUCCCUACGCUGUUGCCUGAUCCUUUUCCAUUUAUUAAACGAAGGACGUGGUUAAAGAUUUUAGGAAUUACAUUACAGGAUCUCCCUUCCAAGUGGGAUUUGCAAUUUGAUGAAAUGUUGAAAAAAUCCAGUGCAAGAAUGUACAUAAUGCGUGUCUGUAAAUACUAUGGCUUCCCAAUCAAACAACUGGACAUGCUGUUUAACACUUUAAUUAUGCCUAUAAUCACUUACGGCAUAGAACUUUGGGGAGGCGCAUACUUCAAUAAAUACAUUAGUCAAAUAGACAAAUUCAUCAAUCGCGCUCACAGAAAUGGUUACAUAUCGGAAAAAUUGAAUAUUAAGGAGAUAAGCAUCAAAAGGGACAAGAAACUUUGGGAUAAAGUAAUACAUAAUAAAGAUAAUGCACUACAGGAGCUUUUACCAGAUAAAUUAAAUUGA